AGAACUGCGAGCCAAUGGGAGAGAGGAGGAAGAGGAGCUGCUCGCCGGAAGUAAGGUGUUGGUGGUAGCGGUGGCAGCGACAGCGCGGGGGGCAGGUGUUUUCAUUUGCAAAAAUGGGUGAACCUCAACAAGUGAGUGCCCUUCCUCCACCUCCAAUGCAAUAUAUAAAAGAAUAUACUGAUGAAAACAUACGUAAAGGUUUGGCACCAAAGCCACCUCCACCCGUGAAAGACAGUUACAUGAUGUUUGGUAAUCAGUUCCAGUGUGAUGAUUUAAUUAUCAGACCUUUGGAAAGCCAAGGUAUUGAACGGCUACAUCCUAUGCAGUUCGAUCACAAGAAGGAAUUAAGAAAACUUAACAUGUCUAUCUUGGUCAACUUUUUGGAUCUCUUGGAUAUCUUGAUAAGGAGUCCAGGGAGUAUAAAGCGAGAAGAGAAACUGGAGGACUUGAAACUGCUUUUUGUUCAUGUCCAUCAUCUUAUAAAUGAGUACCGUCCCCACCAAGCUCGGGAGACCCUGCGAGUCAUGAUGGAAGUGCAGAAACGUCAGCGUUUGGAAACUGCAGAACGAUUUCAGAAGCAUUUAGAGCGAGUUGUGGAGAUGAUUCAGAACUGCCUGGCAUCCUUGCCUGAUGAUCUUCCUCAUUCUGAGGGAGGACUGGGAGUGAAAACAGAGCCAAUGGACACUGAUGAUGGCAACAACUGUAUUGGACAGAGUGAAAAACAGAGAGAACGUUCUAGUUGCAAGAGAGAGCAAGUUUUAGACAAAGAUGCAGCUAUGUGUAGCAUUAUUGAUGAAAUGACAUGAAGGAAGCAUUUCUUUUAUUAGCUUACAAUAGUGAGAGGCCAAAUGGAUUCUGAGGGUGUAUGCUAUAUUUUGUUUUCCUGUUAUACCAGCAGUUGAAGGAUUCACACCUAAUGGGGGGAGGUUGUGAGUAGCUAAGCAGAUGAGAAUACUGUUUUUUGUGAGCUAUAUGUAUAUUGGCGUAAAAUAUAUAUAUAUAUAUAAAAACAAAACAAAAUGUAUGCCUUGUGCAGCAUGGAUGCUGUUAAAGUUAGCUUUUUCUGUAGAAUGUCAUUUUGUCACAGCUUUUUGGGGCAUGCUUCACUUUGUAAUUGUCUUGUGUUGUGGAAGCAGGGGAUCUGACUGACUGAAAUUGAAUCUGACAGUUCCUGCAUUUCAAAUAAAUGUUAGUUGUUUACACUUUAAA